AAUAGUGUGAGAGUAAGUAAUGAUAUUUAUUGAAAACAAAUAUCCAAUUAAAUCAUAAAUUUCUAGCUAAUCGUCAAUUAAUAGAAAGACCGGCAACUAAAUACAUUAGCAAUACAGUGCACGUUGAAACUUAAGAAGGCUGCUCAAGGUCUUAGCGACUUCAUGAAAAGACAUGAAUUGAAAGUAACGAAACACGUGAUAGUGGGUUAAUAAAAAUGCUUUUACUUUACAGACAGAACUAAAAACUAGGAUCGUAAACGAAUGCUGCGAAGGCUAUCAAACGAUCUCAUCCAAUGAAGGGACAUCGCCCGCAGCCAUGAAAUGCGUGCCUCUCUGUGAAAAAUGCCCGUCAGGGAUUUGUAUCUCACCGAAUCGGUGUCAGUGUGUUCCCGGCGGUCAGUAUGAAAGCUGUCAAAAUGCAUGUCCGCCGGGCACAUGGGGUCUCAAAUGCGAGGAGAAAUGCAACUGCGCCGGGGACGUGCCUUGCAAUCCCAUCGAUGGACACUGUGUUUGUCCGCCGGGAUUACACGGACAAAUAUGCAAUAAGCCGUGUCCGAGCGAUCGCUGGGGACCUGGAUGCGCUUCUCCGUGCGACUGCAAGGAUCCGACCGGCGAAUGUCAUCCGGAAACUGGCCGAUGCAUCCACGACGAUCUGGACAACACUGUUUCCGCGCAGAACACCAGCUACUCUCGGAACGUGAACGAGGAGAACAGCGUAACCGUGAAUUUCACGAUCAUUCAACUGGACAGAGAAUCGUCGCGGAGUUGGGAAACAACAGAAACCAGCACGGCAGAAGAAACCCAUGGCAAACAGACUUGUGCAAUUUACGUAAUAAUCGUCGUUUCGUUUCGUGAAUUGUUGGAAGAUGUGCGCGAAACACCUGUCACGCCGGAUAAUCCUGGCAGAACAACGAGUCCGGAAACUACCAGCGUCUCGACCUCGGCUGAGAAGAAAAUUAGGGCACCGGCCCACGAGGAUGGAAACUCGAGCACCGCCAAGCCUGUGAUCGUUUGGGUUUCCGUGCCGGAACGAAGAAGGAACCUGGACAAGGAACGAGGGAAAUUCGCGAUGAAAAAUCCGUUCGUCAGUCACGUCGAUGACAACGCUAAUCUGCACGACAUCGGCCCACCCAAAACCGAUUACGUCAAAAAUAUACACAAAGACAUCCAGCCAGCCCCGAUUUCCCUGGACAUUGCUCUAAUCGUGGUAGCAUCGAUCGUGUCAUUGGGCCUAACCUCAGUAGCAGUGGUGAUGGUCCUCCACAUGCGUUCAAAGUUGUUGGAAGCAGCAAGGCUCUCGAUAUACGAAGAAGGCAAGACGAAGAAGCAAGAAGGCUCGAAUACGACGAAGAUCUCGUCGAUAGUCAGCAGUAACCUGCCCCAGACGCCAAUUCGAUUGGUGCCACUGUUUGCUUCCACCCCGGAGCCCAGAGUGAUGCCAUCCAUGACUAACAACGAUCUGACGAGCAACUAUGCCAAUGGAGCUGCCACGAUUGGUCUACGUAUAUCUGGAAAUCUGCAUGGUCUUUUCCAAGAGGAUCAUUACGAUCGACCGCCAGCAACGCGAAUCCAUCUGCAAAACGACUUCGAUCUAAACACGGAACACGUUUACGACGAGAUACCUUUGCAAUCGAGUCCUUUAAACUGUCGCAGAAACGCGUGAUUCAAGUGAUAAACUCGAGUUUGAAUGGAGGACUGCGGUCAAACGAACAAGCACCCUUGUAUUUCGAUUGGCGAAAGAAGAAAUGCAAUCGAUCGACAACACGUUUAAUUAGAAGGAUCUCGAUAUUUUUGGAGGGAAGAAGCAGGAUGCUAAAGAAGGUUUACGAGUUUUAAAAAAGAAUCCUAUCUAGCUAAAUAUAACUCCGAUAUCACAAUGACUGAUAGCUCAAUUAGUGACACGUUUAAUCAACAAGCCUGUACAUAUAUAUGAGCAAAACGAAGCAGAAGAAUGUGUACGUAGAAUUGACAACAAGCUAAACUUUGAACAGAGAAAUCACGGCUAAUUCAACCAACGAGCCGUGUAAUUAAAAAAAAAAAAAAAAA